CACAAAAUUCGGGAGUGUCAUUAUUAAUUCUAUUUAUUUUCGCCUUUUGAUGGAUGCUAGUAUCCGACUGCGAUUAAAACGAUGUUGGUAACAUUGUAAUGUUUUCUUCGGUGCGUGCACACUGUAGUGAAGUUCGCGCUGUUGUACUUGUAAUCUAAAAACACAUUUAGUUUUAGUUUGUGUUUAUAAGAUUUGAUGUUCAUCAAAGUGCAGUGCGUAUUAUUGGAUGUUAGUGAAAUAAUGAAGAUAAGUGUGUUUAUCGCUAUUUAGCGAUGUGUGUAUUUCGUAAAUUGAAUUGAUGGUGAUAUAAUAAAAUUCAUGGUGUUUCCGAUUUUGUUAGUGCAGUUUGUAAAGUAUAGUUCGAAUCAUAGGGUCCACAAACGAGGAGACGGAUUCUAUCAUGGUCGUAAAACGUGCUGCGGACAGUGCGGACUCACCAAUACUGGAGGAGGCCGGCGAGAGCGGCUCGGAACAGAAGCCAAAGCCUCUCAUCAAAUAUGGAGAACUCGUUAUACUCGGUUACAACGGAUACCUCCCAGCAGGAGAGCGAGGUCGACGUCGAAGCAAAUUCGUGCUGUAUCGACGACCGUCUGCGAAUGGUGUGAGGCGGUCGAAACACUAUGUUGUCAAGACUCCUCACAGCAGCAAGGCGAUCCUCGAUGCCAGCCAACACUCAAUAUCCUACACACUCAGCCGCAGCCAAGCGGUUAUCGUCGAAUACACAGAAGACCCGGACACGGAUAUGUUCCAGAUCGGUAGAUCAUCAGAAUCACCGAUAGACUUCGUGGUAAUGGACACAGUGGCUGGUGAUAAAAGUGGCGAUACAAAAGUGCUGCAGAGUACAAUAUCACGGUUCGCUUGCCGCAUCAUAGCAGACCGUAACGACGUCAACAACUGCCGCAUAUACGCAGCCGGUUUUGACUCCUCCAGAAAUAUAUUUUUAGGAGAAAAAGCGACAAAAUGGACAGAGAAUCACGAAAUAGAUGGACUGACGACAAAUGGUGUGUUGAUCAUGCAUCCACGUGGUGACUUCUGUGGCGGUAGCGCCACCUGUGGGCCGUGGCGCGAGACUUCCGUCGGGGGCGCCGUGUUCUCGCUCAGGGAGAGCCGCUCUGCACAACAAAAGGGCCUGCCCUGUCAAGCCGAGACAAAUGUCCUUAGAGAUGGAACGAUGAUAGACUUAUGUGGCGCUACUUUACUAUGGAGGAGCGCUGAAGGACUUAAAAACUCACCGACUAAACGCGAUCUCGAAGCAUUAGUGGACGAGCUGAACGCGGGCCGACCGCAGUGUCCCGUUGGACUGAACACGCUUGUCAUACCGCGCAAGCUGUCCACUGCACACCAGGACCUGAACCAGCCUUACGUAUACCUCAACUGCGGACAUGUACAGGGCGAACAUUCGUGGGGUGCAGAAGGCAGCGAGUCAGGAUCUCGACGUUGCCCCAUGUGUCUGACUGCUGGCUCUGUAGUGCGCGUCUGCAUGGGAAUUGAACCUGCUUUCUACGUGGACGCCGGCCCACCCACCUACGCAUUCAACCCCUGCGGACACAUGGCCUCCGAGAGGACCGUCAAAUACUGGGCUAGCGUGGACAUUCCCCACGGUACAAACGGUUUCCACGCGAUCUGCCCGUUCUGCGCGGCGCCGCUGCAGGGCUCGCCCGGGUACGUGCGCCUCAUCUUCCAGGACAACCUCGACUGAAUCUCGAUACACCCGCACAGGUCGCCAGCGGCAAUUUGACGUGUGCGUACAAAAUGCAUGAAGAGACGUGUUACAUGAACAUGACGGCCAGCCCGAGCUCAUGGCGACCCUCGCGACGUGAGGGACCUGCAUGACUUAUAUACUGGCUUACACAGUGCGAACAUAUUCCCUACACUGUGGCUUCACCUACUACUACCUACGCAAUGUCAUCGACUACACCCCUAGAAAAUAUUCUUAUUUAUAAUAUUUCCUGACCAUCAACCUGUUUAUUUAUACUAAUCUCCCAAUUAAAUGUCUUUAGCAUCGAAUAUUAUCUAUGAAUUGCAUUAAAAUAUAUUUAAAUGUACACAAAAUAAUGUUACUUUCAUGUUUCGGUGUCUAUGUUAACUUGAUGUUCAUCGUUGAUUUGCGAUAACCUAUUAAUAUUUAGUUGUUGAACACAACAUGUAAGAUAUGUUAAGGCGAUGAGAAAAUUCAGGAAAUAACAAAAAUAUUUAAAGCUUUGUACAUUGCGUGCUGAUUUUAUUGCUAGAAUUAAUGAUUGUUGUAAUUAUGAAUGAACUGAAUUAUUUAAUGAAUAGAGGUUUCGUUCGAAACUUAUCUAGAUUAUGAUAAUUUUGAUUGCACAGGCUUCUCAAUAUUUUAUGGAUCCACCUAUGCUUUUUAUUCGGUACUACACUAUCAGACAAGGUCAGACGCCAUGUUUUCUGACAGUUUGCUGUUAUUUAUCGGAUCACGUCGGUAGUGUAGUGCCAGCCCUAUUAUUGUAAGGUAAUCCAAUGUAAAUAUUCUAUGUACGUUUAUUUCUAUACUUGUGGUUAAGUAAAUAUGUUGGUUUUUCCGUAGCGUGUGAGACAGUCGAUAGUUAAGUACGAGCCAGCCUUUAGCAGUAGCACAUAGACACUACUAACGUUAGCUUCAAACAAUAAGUUGGUAUAUGUUUAAUAAGGUACAUUAUACUUUCAAUAUGGUCUCAUUUCUUGACAUUCGACAUAUUGGGAUAUAUUUAAAGAUACAUAUACAAAUAAAUAGAACGUAAGCAGUUAUUUUUUCAUUUCUAUAAUCAUCAAGUAUUGUAAGGAAACAUUGGAUUGUUAUAUUUAGAGAGGAUUUGUAUUUGAGUGAAGUAUUCUAUGUUUGUAUGGCUGUUAUGUCUCAAUAUUUAGAGGUCAAUGUCGCCGAUGUUGAUUGAUGUUACAUGCUGUGAAUAUUGGUGUAGUCAUAGGCAGAUAUGUGUCGACGAAAGUGCAAGGAUGGCUAAACACUAUGAUUAACGUAGUAUUUGGCGAUCUGAUAUUUAUAUUGGUUAAUUUCGCAGUUGACUACACAACUUUGCGAAGACUGAGGCCUUAGGCAGGUGACGCACUGUAUAGCUUUGUGAGAAAAAAUCAGUCACCAAAAUACUUGAAUGUGACUCAAUUUCAAGGUUUCAUUUAGUAAUUGUCGCUGACUGUGAGAUGAGAGCAUUAUACAGUUGAGUAACAUUUAAGUAUUUCGAGUAGUUACAACUUAACAAAAUGCAAGCAAUUUGGUGCGUCACCUGUUUUACCUCUAAACAUCAGUUCCUAGAAAUUGUGUAUUGGACGUUGUUACAAUCCAUAAUGCAAAUUAUUGUUAUUAACGUCUAGUAAAGGUCUCAAUGCAAAAGAUGCAAUCGCUUGCUCGAAUGCGAUCUCAAGAUAUGAAAAAACAGAAGCUUUACAAUAAGCAAAACAUUAUAAUAAGUCCAUCAUACAUGAGAGUGUAAAAAUAAUGUAAGUUUUAUAGAAGUAGCGAACAUUAGCUUACGGAGUAUGAAAAUUUAGUUUUUGUACAAUUCACUAGUUAGGGGUUACACAUAACAUAUUGCCUUCAAGUGAUAAAUAACAAGACAGGAUACAUAACUGAAUGUGUUGUUCCGACUAACAUGUGUACUACAUACAAAAUGCAAGUGGAUUGCACGUCAUUGUUUAGUGUAUUAAUGUAAGAUUUUGGUAAAGAAGAAUGCUUAUUUAAAGAGUCGAUAUAAUGUAGUCGUUUAAAUCAGCGUAGUAUGUUAUCAGCCAUUAAAGAAGGAUGAUUUUGAAUUAAUUUUAUUAGUGUGGUUGCAUGAUUAAGCAAGCUACGGAAUACUGGACCAUACAUAAACUUGUAGCGAUGGUAAUGUCUGUGUUAUUAUAAUGUUGCGUUUUUGAUUAAGAAUUUGAAUUAAUUAGCAUUAUUUUCGUUAGGGUGAUGAUGUUAUGUGAAGAAUGUAGUCAGUCACGCUUUUAUGUCGACUAAUCGUCGCGGCAUAUUAAAGUCGUGGGAAGCGAAAACGCAAAUAUUGAUUUAACGAGUAUUUACAAAUUGUUUGAAGGAGCAAGUGUAGGUUUGACAAGUAAUUGAUGCCACAUCCACACAUUUUUCAUCAAUAAUCUGAGUAUAAAAGAUAAUUAAUGUCGAUUACUCCAAAAAUCUACACUAAAGCUCAAUAAUAAUGACAGUACCUACCAUGAACUCGACACGACUUUAGUUUGGCGCGGACGAUCAAUUAACUUGAAAAACAUUAGUGGUCAUAAGAACUGAAUGCUAGCCUUAAUUUUAUUUAUAAUGUGUACCUAAAGUACUAGGGCUAACAAUAAAUCGCUCUUUUAGUUAGAAAAUUUA